CUCCACCUCCUUUUAUGGCAUUCAGAAUAAAAACACAACGAAAACAUUACAAAUGCAUAAGUCGUUCUUAUCUUUUUCAGUAGCCUAAGACCUGUGUGGAGAUUUGAAGAGAACUAAACUUGAUCAUUCUGAUUCUUUCACAAGAUCAUCUGGCCAGUGCUCCAAUCUGUGAUGGAUUCUUCCAGUUAUGACUAUUCUGAAAACUUUAGUAUAGUCCAUGGCAUGAUAAUGUAUAAAGAAUUUGCCAAAUAUUGGGAUGAUGUGGAAGCAUUCCAGGCCAGACCAGAUGAUCUUGUCAUUGCCACCUAUCCCAGAUCGGGCACAACCUGGGUUAGUGAAAUUAUAGACAUGAUCUAUAAAGAGGGUGAUGUGGAGAAGUGCAAAGAUGCUAUUUUUAAUCGAAUACCUUACCUGGAAAGCAGAUCAGAAGGCCCAAUGAAUGGAGUAAAACAAUUAAAAGAGAUGUCAUCCCCUAGAAUACUGAAGACUCAUCUGUCCUCUGAACAUCUUCCUAUCUCAUUUUGGGAAAAGAACUGCAAGAUGAUCUAUGUUUGCCGGAAUGCCAAGGAUGUGGCUGUUUCUUAUUAUUACUUCUUUCUGAUGGUAUCUAUUCAUCCAAAUCCUGGAAGUUUUCCAGAGUUUGUAGAGAAAUUCAUGGAUGGGCAAGUUCCUUAUGGCUCCUGGUAUCAACACACACGUUCUUGGUGGGAAAAGAGAAAGAACCCUCAUGUGCUAAUUCUUUUCUAUGAAGACCUGAAAGAGGAUAUCAGAAAAGAGGUGAAAAAAAUGAUGCAGUUCCUGGGAAGGAAGCCAUCAGAGGAGCUUGUGGAUAAGAUUGUACAUCAUACUUCAUUCCAAGAGAUGAAGAACAAUCCAGCUUCGAAUUACACAGCAAUACCAGAAAAGGUCAUUAACCAAAAAGUGUCUCCUUUCAUCAGAAAGGGUAUUACAGGAGACUGGAAGAAUUACUUUACAGUAGCCCUGAAUGAGAGAUUUGAUAUGCAUUAUGAGCAGCAAAUGAAGGGUUGUACGCUGAAGCUCCGAACUGAAAUCUAAGAAGGGUUCUUUUCCUAAUAUUUCUGAGAUAAAAUUUCCAAAAAAAAAAAAGAGAGAGAAGAAAAUUGAAAAGUUAUUUUCAAUUGUUUUUUAGAAUAAGAUCUGUAGUUAAAUUUCCUCCAUGAUUUUUUUCACUUUCUGCAAAAUGGCUUAAUUUGGAAUUUAUCUUUCCUUAAGUGGUAGUCUGAAGUUGGCCCUUCUUUUUGAAUUAUGAAGCCAGGUCUGAAAGGAAACCUAUAACUAAUUGUGGGGGAAAAAAAGUAUUCAUGGAGUACUCUAAGUUCUUUGGUCCAAAUCCUGAAAUACUUUAAAAGGUCAAUAUUAAUGUAGUAAAGAAAGCAUGCUGGCAAUUUCAAGUCCAUCAGUCACUUAAGAGUUGGAUUAAGCUACUAUGUUUUAGGGUAAUUUGUAAUACUGAAAAAUAUAACUGAUCCAAUGUGGAAACAAGCUGUUUACAGAGACUAGGUUUCUUUCUCCACAAAAUACAAACCAAUUGCAAAGAGAGAAAUGGUGACAUUAAGAUGGACAAGCCUAGCAUAUUCCAAAUUGGCCAGGUAGCCAAGGAUAACAUAUUUGUUACAUGUCUUUUUCCAGUCCAACAGAAAUUAAGCUCAAUGAAGGCAUGGGAUUUGUUUUAUUCGCUGAUAUAAACCAGGUACACAGAACAGACUUAUACAUAGUGGGUUCUCAUAAAUAUGUUCAAGAGUUUCAAAAAGAAAUUGCUUAUGCUCACUCUUUUACUAAUUAAAAUGUGCUAUUCUCAUUUAUGUCAACUAUUGAAACCAUUAAACAUUAAUUUUAACUGAA